UUCUUGCUUUUCUGUUCUCUUUUUUUUUCCCCGUUCUUCCUCUUCCUCCUCUCCUCUCUCUAUGUUUUCCUCAGACUCUCUCCGUUCCCUUCUCCUCCGCCGAGACCUAGGUUAGACUAAAACGCCGCCUCUCUUCUCUUUUUCCUUUUCUCCUCGUUUUUUUUCCGUUCCUUUCUCUUCCUCUCUCCCACUCUCUAUUUUUUCCUCGGGCUCUCUCGGUUCCCUCCUAUUCCGCCGCCAUAUCAUCUCCCUCUCCGACACCCAACAUCACAACUGCCCCAUCUCCCACCAGCCCUGGGAUUCCCCCCUCCGCCUCCCUCCGUUUCAAGUCAUCGUCGCUAGAUCCCCUCCCGGGAUCUCCAUUCCCUCGUCUUCGCUUUAUUUUUAAAUUUUUUGCUCCUCUUUUUUUUGUUUUUGUAGGUUGAAUAUCAAUAUCAGAGGAUUUUUUUUUUUGAAAAACUGGUUUGCUCUCGGCCUCCUCUUCGCCUGCGCCUCCGCUAAAGUCUUCUUCGAAGAGCGUUUCGAUGAUUGAGGCAGUUUUCAGCAACAAGAAGAUGUACAAUGCAGAGAUGACUGUUGUGAUGGCGAGUCGAAGUUCAAAUUACUGCUUGGGUGGUGGAUAUCUUGUUCCAGACGAUGUCUACAAGUGUUUUCAAGGGUUGGUGAAGAUUGGAAUUCCACUUGACUCUCCUACAUUCUACACUGUCUGCGAGGCUGAAAAAGCUGCUUUUGAUGAGGCAGAAAAUAAGAGAGAGGAGGAGGAAGCAAAGGAUGGCCCAGUUGAUUCUGAUGCUGAGGAAGGCGAUGAUGAUGAUGCUGCUGAUGAAGCAGAUAGUGAUGAUGCAGACCCCAAAUCAGAAACAAAGAUGAGCUGUAGGAAAAUACGUACGAGUGCAGUUGUUGGCCAAACAUGGUGCUGCGAAGAAGAGCUUUAUUGGCAACUGAGCUUUGGACAUUUUCAUUUUCCUUUUAGCUUUUAACUGUAGAAUUGCUGUUUAGGGGAAAAAAAGGAUAUGGAGGCAUGAACUUGGUAUUGCGAUACUUCUUUAUUCUCAUCUGGCUCAGCCAUUAGAACCAAAAGAGAAACAUGCCUGUUUUAGUUUUAGAUUUAUGAACAGUUUGGACUUGGAACAUUAGCAUUGUUAAGAUUGAUUUAUUUCGUAGCUUUCAGCAUUAGUCUGACAUGGAUGCUCUUUCA